AUGUUGCUUGUUGUUGUAAAUUUGCUCCAAACGGACCUAGAAUAUCAGGCCUAUUUGAUUGGUAGUCAGCUUACUCGGGUGGUUACUGAGGACAUCCCGAGCAUGGAAAACCCCGACUUGGUGGUUAAACAAGAAAAAGACAUAAAACAAGAAGGCAAGCGCAUUGUCCUCGGUGCAUGGUCUGAACAAAAAAAUUUGCCAGAUAACUAUUCGGCUGCGUAA